UUGAACUCUAAAAAAAUGUCUUUGAACUUAGCUGCAACACCAGCGAUAAAAAGAGCUGUUGUCCAUAUAAAUGAACUGGAUAUAUCAAAGUUUCCCUUACUGUUAACAAGGAUUCUUUCUAAGCUUCAUUUAAAGGAUGAAAGAACAUUCUCAGAAGAGGAGGAAGAGAAACUCCAGUCAUCACUGUCCUUGUCUGAUACUGACCUGGAACUAGUCAUUCAUACUCUGGAGUUCAUCCUACAUCAGGCAGCUUACCACACAGCUAAACCAGGGAUUUUAGGUCAGCAGCUUCAACAGUUAGAGCUAGAGGAGGAAAAAGUAAAAGUUAUUGUUGAUGCCUGGAAAAACACUGCUGCAGAUGUAGUAUCAAAGCUUCGUCAGAGGAGUAUAACACCUAAACGACUGGAGGAGAUCAACUGGAGACUGAACCUUCAGAUGGCCCAGUCCAGCAAGGCCAAGAUGAAGCUCCCUAAUGCCAUGUUUGAAUUGGGGAUCAGCGAUGAAAACUCUGAGAACAAAGAGAAAAUUCACUUUGAGAUGACACAUGAUGAAUUAUACUCAUUCUACAGCCAGCUUGAAACAAUACAAAAGCAACUGGAUGGUCUAGGCUGAACAAAAUUAAGCAAGGAGGACCAAAUGGAUUUGGUCAGAAAGUUCAUCAGUUUUUACAAGACCAAACUAACAUUUUAAAAAGUCAUUGGAAGAAUAUUCCUCAUUGAUUCAGUUUUCAGUAGUGGCCAAGUCAUUAUGAUCUAUUUUGUUGUGUCUAGCCAUGAACAUAAAUAUUUUAUAUACAUAUACAUGUAUUGCAAUAUUUAUUAAAUUUGGAAAGAAUAUGGUUUUAUAAACAUUCCUAAUAUUCUUUCAUUAAACUUUUACAAUU